AUGGCCCAGGACACUGCAGUGCCCAAACUGGACUUUGUAUAUUGGUUGGAUAAAGCUAUUAAAUGGGGCCAAGCCACCACGCUGGAGUCACAGAAGGAUGUGUGCCUUCACUUGCCUCAGCUCCAGGAGUUUCUGCAUCAGGUCUAUGAAACUUUAAAACAUACGGAUUCAAUUGUAGCAAUCCAGCAGUUCCCUUUAAUUGGCCAACUUCUAGGAAGGCUUUGUUGGAAUCCUUUUGUUAUGGGAUACGAUGAAAGCCAGAAGACUCUGAUGUGGUGCUUAUAUUGUCUAUACAGCAGUGAACCACAGAACCCUGUGGAACUGAAGGCCAACAGCUGGAUACGGAGUUUGCUGUGCCAUCUCCUUUCUUCUUCUAAGUGGGAAAGUAAUGAAGCUGAAACCAGUGCAUUCAUAUCAACUCUUGGCUACACGUCAGCAGACUAUUAUUGUCACUUAGUUAAAAAUAUGGUCUUUUCAUUAGUAACAGAACUCAGAGAAAAUCAGGUCAAUGGACUUAACAUGCAGGGGAGGGUUUCAGGCAGUCGUGAGAAUGCUGUGUCCCUUUUCUGUGUCCCUCUCGUUACUUUGCCUGAUCUAACUCCAUUGCUGGAAACUCUCCUUCUUUACCAAGGAGGUGCAACAAAAGAAAUUCUCAGUUCAGAGUUUCUAGAGGCUGUGAAUGAUGCCUUUUUAAAGAAGAAGAUCUCUCUCCCUGAAUCAGCUGUCUUCAGCCUCUGGCUUCGUCACUUACCAAGUCUUGAAAAAGCUACAUUACAUCUUUUAGACCAGCUGAUUUCCAUUCAGUUGAAUUCACUGGAAGAAGUGGCUAGUGUCAUAAAAGAUUCACUACUGCCACAAGCAGCAAGCCAUCCUGCCGUUUUCAGAAUUGUUAAUGAAAUUUUCAAGAAUGUACUGCUAGAAACUGGUGGAACUCCAGAAGUUUUGACCAUAAUACAGGUGUUCACACAGCUCUUCCUUCAGUGUCAUCAGAAUGAAACCAAGCAGCAUAAAUUUCCACUGAAGGCCUACUUCCCUUACCAUCACCAGCCUCUUGUGACAGCUUUACUCAGACAUCCUUUUGUUGAGCAGACUAGACUUUUAAGAGUUUUAUUUUCAUCCUCCCCCUCAGAGCUGCCAACAACACGCUGGUCUCAACACUUGAAACACAUUUCAGAUAUGAUCAAAGCAUUAGUAGAAGGUACAAACAUUAGUUCUCUUGCUGACCUUUUUGAAAUCUGGUUUUUGGUUGCUCGUUUUGGAGAAUGGCUGGAUAUUGCAGCAGAGCAAUUACUGAAGGCUCCUGUAGAACCUGAUGCUCUGCUUUGGCUACUGGCAUUUUACUACUGUCCUCAAAAUGAAAAUCAACAAAGGACUCAAACAAUGGUGGAAGCUCAAGCAGUCUACAAUCGUCUAAUGAUGCUCUUCAGCUGUACAGUCCUUUCCAUCAAAGAUCUGGAGGCUGCUGUACACAUUUUAACAAAUACAGAGCAAAGUCAUACCCAGCAUCUUAUAGCACAUCUUCUUACCAACUUUUUGCUAUUUUCUUCUGGUGGACAUAUGAUUGCCCAGGAAUUUAUUUACCAUAUUACUGAGGCAACUGAUACAAGCAAAGAAGUUUGUAGUCUUCUUAUCCGUACUGCAUACAGAAUUAACCAUAAUGGAGAAGAAAACCAAAGGACUGUGAAGCUGCUGAAUGAACUUCUUCAAAAACUAACAUUGAAAGUUUAGACUUUUAAUGUCAUCUAUUUAUUAAGCCAGCACAUCAGAUCUUUAUCCAGGUGUCAGACUUCAAUUAACAUCCUACCCCGCGGGUUACCAAGGGUAGAAAAAUAUCUACUGAAGAAAUCUCCUGCAACUUUCUAUUCCCUCAUACAUUUUUGAAAAUAAUCCUUUGUUUGGAAAUGUUAACCUUUUAGAACAUAACAUGAAAUAUUGAAGAUAGUUGCAAAUUUUGUUCUGAGCACCUUCUUUAACAAGAGACCUAUGUCAUUUAAAGCAGUUCACUCAUCCUGUUGUUUAUAUGGCUGAAGAUCAGUUUUUCUCCCAAACUACACAUGGUUUUAUAAGCAAAUUGUUCCCAGUUGCUUGGUUGGUAAGUUGUUUGUAAAAUGUUUUGUUCUAUAAUUCUGCUUUUAUGAAACUGACGAUGAUCUAAGAGUCAGUGAUUCAUGGUGAACGCACUCUAUGUUCUCAGGAAAACAACGUUUCCUGAACUCCUUAGUUCUUGUUGAAAAUGUUUCCAAAAUAAAACUGCUCUCAGAUUUGCUAGAUUAUUUUUUUCUGUACUGCAGCUUUCACAGGACAGCGUUCUCUGCAAAGUGGUAUACUGAUAGCUGGUCUCUGUCAACAGUUAUAUGGCAGGUGGAAGGUUGCUUGCAGUACAGCCUAUUAUCAGUGUGCCAUGACUGAUGCUAUUGUUCAUUCUUUAAGAAAUCUUUUUUUCACUCAGAGUAAACAGGACAAGCACAGCUUAGGCAUAAGGAAAUUUUCCAGUUGGAGAGCCAAAAUUCCUAAAGAGAGCAUAUGGUUGCAACUCACCUCUUUCCUUUUUGUGUUGAAAGGUAUUUUACCUGCUUCGUGUAUGUUAUUUGCCACACACAAAGAGCAGUGGCUUACUGGUUUACUGCAUUGCUGUUAGGAGCAUAUUUGUCCCAAGAAGUUUUGUGAACCUGUUAUAGCUUAACUAGAAAAAUACCCAUGGAGAAUAGUAAUGCCAGAGGAUCUAAAGACGUUUCAGUAAUUUGUUCUCAUAUAUUACCUAGCUUUAAGGUCAACAGUUGUGCUAUUUCGAAGAUGUUACUUGGAAUACUAUUCUUGCAUAUAAAAUCAGAGCCAUAUGUCUUAAAUUAACACAGCUUUUUGAAUGUAGCAUUUGUUUUUGAGCAGUGGAAAAGAAAAGUAAGGUACUAGUGUCCCUUAACUGUGAGAAGUGGAAGGAUAUUUUCUGUAAUGCUGUUGACAGAUUUCUUACAAUUUUGUUCCCAGUGAGUCAUAUCAGACCAAAUUACAGAAGUUACAUGCCCUCUCAGUCAGUUUGUUGAUGUUUGUAAUAUUUGAUUCCAGCAGAUGAAGAAACAGUAAAUACAUAUAAUAUGUCUGUGAAGAAAGGAUAUUUUUUUCUCUUUCAGAUUAAAAAUACUUCUGAAAGAAAAAUCAGAAAGAGAUAUUUUGCAACUUGUCAGUUGUUGGUAGCCAUACAUAUAUAAAAAAGCAAAAUCAAGCAACCCGCAUUUCUUUUCCCCAGCUGUCAUACCUGAAAUGCAUGGGAUUAAACUAAAUUAUUUGUUUGUUGGUCAGAAGCUCUGCGGUAUUUGUUUAGUGGGAACAUGUGUGGAGUGCUCUACAUAGAAUGAUAAAUAAUCUAAAAUUUGUCUCCAAAGAAUGAUUUUUUUUUUUAUUAUUUAAUUUCUAAUCGACUUGUUGGAUGUGAGAUUCUUUGGUUGUCCUUAAAUUGUCUCCAUAUUACAACUAUAUAAAAUCUUUACAACUUUAAAGAAAUACUGGCAAAGAGUUGCAAUAUAUGAUUCUUGCAGAUUUGUUAGGUCAGUGAUAUCAGUAUGCUAUUUAUAUGUGUAUUACAGUUGUGGAAGAUGAAUUUGUAACCAUCCUUUCACAGUGCAGUCAUAUUUUUUUUCCACUAACAAAGUGCAUGAAAAUUCUUCUUUCUUAAACAAAAUCAAUAUCCUGUUAAAUAGUAGUAAGUCAAUUCAAGCAGAAAGGAAAUGUGCAGUAAAGGCAGAAAGAAUAAAAUUAGUACUGAAUUGGCA